AUUUGCAUUUUUUAUUUAUUUUGCGGAAUUCACACAACAAUUUUCACAAAUUUCUCUGCUGUCCCUUUCGCCGUGUAUGCAUGUUGGCAUUCUUUUAAAGGGCAGAACAAUGCUGGCCGCUAUAUGUAAAGUGAACACAAAAACGGAAUCAUUCGGACAGUUGGCUGCCAGCAAGGCUCCCAAGAACGAUACGAAUGGGGAUGUUGCCAUCACAGCCAAGCUAAGAAGUAUUUAUGAAACCAAAGGAGAGGGCUGCGUCAAAGGCAAUCGGGAGUACACCCGUUAUUUGAAAGGCAUUCGUGAGGCCAUCACUUGGAGCAGCAGUCGUUUGGCUGACAAGAUUCGUGUCCACGACGAGUUCAUAGCUUACAACAAAGAACGCUUGAGUCUCGAACAGCAGAUUAAAGCUCGCAUCGAUAAGAUUGUAAAUACUCUGCUGCCGAAACUGGGAAAGCUUAGCAGAUGCAAAUUUUUUUACCAAAAACAAAAACGAGUUCUUAAAAGGGCAAUUAACAGUUCCAAUGCGCAGAAGCGCAAGAUAUUGAAAAAGAAUAGUGUCAAUUGUGAGGCCUAAAAAUUGGCAUGCAGCUCCAAUAAAAAAGUUACUUUUCACUUUCAAUAUGUAGCUAAAAGUAUAUUAUAUACUUGUAGAUAUUUCACUAAAUUAACCUCUUUGAAUAUCAA